GACGAGAAUCCUGUGCUGUAUAGAUUUCGUGCAUUGGACAUGAUUAGAUGGAUCAAAGAAGAAUAUGGCGAUUACUUUACCAUCGCAUGUUCUGGUUAUCCAACAGGACAUCCUGAGGCUCCUAGUUAUCGAGCAGAUUUGCUAUAUUUGAAAUCUAAGGUUGAAGCUGGCGCGGAUUUCAUUAUCACACAGCUGUUUUUUGACAGUGAAGUUUACGAGAAAUUUCUACGCGAUUGUCGUGAGAUUGGCAUUACCGUACCAAUCAUCCCAGGGAUACUGCCGAUUCAGAGUUAUGGAAGUAUUCGUCGCAUAACGGAAAUGUCCCAGUUGGUUAUUCCCGAUUGGAUCCGUUCAGCUUUGGAACCGAUCAAAAAUGAUGAUGAGGCAGUGCGUAAUUUUGGCAUACGGCACGCCGUUGAUUUAUGCAGAGCGCUGUUCAGGAGUGGUAGUGCACCGUCGGUGCAUUUAUAUACCCUCAAUCGAGAAGCUUCUUGUCGGUGA